UCUGACUGCGGCGCGGGCCGGACAGCCAGGGCACCGAGGGCGGGCAGACAGACAAGACAGUCGGCCCGUUUCUCUCCCUAAAAUCCUUUUUUCUUAACUCCCCUCGCUCGCUCUCCUCUUCCUCCUUUCCCCAUCGCUUGCUCCAUCGCGCGCGGCCAGCGCUAAUUACACCCAACCACCCACCAGUGUCCGUGUACCCCGGGUGUCCCACUCCCGGGCCCGCGGGUGUGUGAGUGUGUGGGGGGGCUCUCGCCCCAAUGAGGGCCCCUUGCCCGUGAGCGAUUGACCCCAGGAGCGGGCUGCGAAGAAAGCAGGCGGCAAGCGGCCCGCCGAGGCCUAGGCCGCGCGGCUUACGUGGAGGUCGGCGCAGAGGAACUAUGGAGGCCGCGCCCGGGACCCCCCCGCCGCCGCCAUCAGAAUCGCCGCCGCCGCCAUCGCCGCCAUCAACGCCUUCGCCUCCUCCGUGUUCCCCCGACGCCUGCCCGGCCACCCCGCACCUCCUCCACCGCCUCCCGCUCCCUGACGACAGGGAAGAUGGUGAGCUGGAAGAAGGUGAACUGGAAGACGACGGGGCGGAGGAGACCCAGGACACCACCGGGGGGCCCGAGAGGGGCCGGAAGGAAAAGGGGGAGAAGCAUCACAGUGAUUCUGAUGAGGAGAAGUCUCACAGGAGACUGAAGAGGAAGAGGAAGAAAGAGCGGGAGAAAGAGAAGAGGAGAUCGAAGAAGAGGAGGAAAUCUAAGCACAAACGCCACGCGUCUUCCAGCGAUGACUUCUCCGACUUCUCCGACGACUCGGACUUCAGCCCCAGCGAGAAGGGGCACCGCAAGUACAGAGAAUACAGCCCCCCGUACGCGCCGUCCCACCAGCAAUACCCCCCGUCGCAUACCACAUCCAUGCCCAAGAAGUCCUACUCCAAGAUGGACAGCAAGGGCUACAGCAUGUAUGAGGACUAUGAGAACGAGCAGUAUGGGGAGUAUGAGGGCGACGAGGAGGAGGACCUGGGCAAGGAGGACUACGACGACUUCACCAAAGAGCUGAACCAGUACCGGCGUGCCAAGGAGGGCAGCAGCCGGGGCCGAGGCAGCCGAGGCCGUGGCAGGGGCUACCGAGGCCGAGGAAGCCGAGGAGGGUCUCGAGGCCGAGGCAUGGGCCGGGGCAGCCGAGGCAGGGGCAGGGGCUCCAUGGGAGACCACCUGGAGGAUGAAGAUGACUUUUAUGAUGACGAGAUGGAUUAUGGAGACUGUGAGGAGCCGAUGGGAGACGAAGAUUAUGAUGACUAUUCCAAGGAGCUGAACCAGUACCGCAGGUCCAAGGAUGGCCGAGGACGAGGGCUCAGUCGAGGCCGUGGCCGGGGUUCCCGGGGUCGAGGCAAAGGGAUGGGCCGGGGCCGAGGACGGGGUGGCAGCCGAGGAGGGAUGAACAAGGGCAUGAACGAUGAUGACGACUUCUACGACGACGACAUGGGCGACGGCGGUGGAAGCUACCGGAGGAGUGACCAUGACAAGCCCCACCAGCAGUCCGACAAGAAAGGCAAAGUCAUCUGCAAAUACUUCGUGGAGGGGCGGUGCACCUGGGGAGACCACUGUAAUUUCAGCCACGACAUCGAGCUACCAAAGAAGCGAGAGCUGUGCAAGUUCUACAUCACCGGGUUCUGCGCCAGAGCAGAGAACUGCCCCUACAUGCACGGCGACUUUCCGUGUAAGCUCUACCACACGACCGGGAACUGCAUCAAUGGGGACGACUGCAUGUUCUCCCACGACCCUCUGACCGAGGAGACCAGAGAGCUCUUGGAUAAGAUGUUGGCUGACGACGCGGAGGCCGGCGCCGAGGACGAGAAGGAAGUCGAGGAACUAAAGAAGCAGGGCAUCAACCCCCUGCCCAAGCCACCCCCCGGCGUGGGCCUGCUGCCCACCCCACCCCGGCCCCCCGGCCCCCCGGCCCCGACCUCCCCAAAUGGCAGGCCCAUGCAGGGUGGCCCCCCACCUCCGCCGCCACCGCCGCCCCCGCCACCCGGGCCCCCGCAGAUGCCCGUGCCAAUGCACGAGCCCCUGUCCCCGCAGCAGCUGCAGCAGCAGCAGGACGUGUACAACAAGAAGAUCCCGUCCUUGUUUGAGAUUGUGGUGCGCCCCACGGGGCAGCUGGCCGAGAAGCUGGGUGUGAGGUUCCCUGGACCCGGAGGACCCCCAGGGCCAAUGGGCCCUGGGCCCAAUAUGGGACCCCCGGGGCCGAUGGGGGGUCCGAUGCAUCCCGACAUGCAUCCUGACAUGCAUCCGGACAUGCACCCCGACAUGCACCCGGACAUGCACCCCGACAUGCCGAUGGGCCCCGGCAUGAACCCCGGCCCGCCGAUGGGACCCGGCGGCCCCCCAAUGAUGCCCUAUGGCCCUGGAGACUCCCCACAUUCUGGAAUGAUGCCCCCUAUCCCACCAGCCCAGAACUUCUAUGAAAACUACUACCAGCAGCAGGAAGGCAUGGAGAUGGACCCGGGACUCAUGGGGGACGCAGAGGACUACGGGCACUACGAAGAGCUGCCGGGGGAGCCUGGGGAGCACCUCUUCCCCGAGCACCCCCUGGAGCCCGACAGCUUCUCUGAGGGAGGGCCCCCAGGCCGGCCGAAGCCGGGCACCGGUGUCCCCGACUUCCUGCCCUCAGCCCAGAGGGCCCUGUACCUGAGGAUCCAGCAGAAGCAGCAGGAGGAGGAGGAGAGAGCGAGGAGGCUGGCUGAGAGCAGCAAGCAGGACCGGGAGAAUGAGGAAGGUGACACUGGAAACUGGUACUCAAGUGACGAGGACGAGGGUGGGAGCAGCGUCACCUCCAUCCUUAAGACCCUGAGACAGCAGACGUCCAGCCGACCCCAGGCUUCCGUCGGGGAGCUGAGCAGCGGUGGGCUGGGGGAUCCUCGCCUCCAGAAGGGACACCCCACGGGAGGCCGGCUGGCCGACCCCCGCCUCAGCCGGGACCCCAGGCUCACCCGCCACGCUGAGGCUUCCAGCGGUUCAGGCCCGGGAGACACAGGGCCCUCUGACCCUCGGCUGGCUCGCUCCCUGCCUGCCCCCAAGCCCGAAGGUGGCCUUCAUUCCAACCCCGCAGGCCCCGGCAGCUCCAAGGGGUCCGGACCACCCCUCGCGGAAGAGGAGGAAGGGGAGCGGGCCCUGCGGGAGAAGGCCGUGAACAUUCCCCUGGACCCCCUCCCAGGGCACCCGCUGCGGGACCCACGGUCGCAGCUGCAGCAGUUCAGCCACAUCAAGAAGGAUGUGACCCUGAGCAAGCCGAGCUUUGCCCGCACCGUGCUCUGGAACCCGGAGGACUUGAUUCCCCUGCCCAUCCCCAAACAGGACGUGCCCCCCGUCCCCGCGGCCCUGCAGUCCAUGCCUGCGCUGGACCCCAGGCUGCAUCGGGCCGCUGCUGCGGGUCCCCCCAACCCCCGUCAGCGGCCGGGCACCUCCACAGACCCUGGCUCGUCCGGCUCCACCCUGCCCGACUUUGAGCUCCUCUCUCGCAUCCUCAAGACUGUCAAUGCUGCAGGCCCCUCCGCCACCCCUGGCCCUAGCGAUAAGCCCAGUGACCCCCGGGUGCGGAAGGCCCCCACUGACCCUCGGUUGCAGAAAACGGCAGACUCUGCUGCCUCCUCCCGUGCUGCCAAGCCCAGCUCUGCUGAAGCUCCCUCUCCAGCUGCCAGCCCCAGUGGGGAGUCCUCUCCCCCAGCCACUGCUCCCUACGACCCCCGGGUGCUGGCGGCCGGCGGGCUGGGCCAGGGCAGUGGGAGUGGGCAGAGCAGCGUGCUGAGCGGCAUCAGCCUCUAUGACCCCAGGACUCCCAACGCGGGUGGUAAAGCCACAGAUCCCGCCACCGAUGUGGGUGCCCAGCCAAAGGGACCCGAGGGCAAUGGCAAGGGCUCAGCUGCCAAGGCCAAGGAGCCCCCAUUUGUCCGCAAGUCUGCCCUGGAGCAGCCAGAGCCGGGGAAGUCCGGGGCAGACGGGGGCGCAGCCUCGGCCACGGACAGAUACAACAGCUACAACCGGCCCCGGCCCAAGGCCUCUGCAGCCCCGGCGGCAGCCACGGGCGCCCCACCCGCGGAGGGCACCCCACCUCAGCCCGGGGUACACAACCUGCCGGUGCCCACCCUCUUUGGGACUGUGAAGCCUGCGCCGAAGGCGGGCUCUGGGAGCCCGUUCGCCGGCAACAGCCCGGCCCGCGAGGGCGAGCAGGAUGCAGGGUCCCUGAAAGAUGUUUUUAAAGGUUUUGACCCCACUGCCUCCCCCUUCUGCCAGUAGUGUUAUGCUGGGGUCAAGUGCCCCCUGCACCCCACCUUUCCCAGGCGAUAUUUAAGUGCAGCAGCCAGAGUUGGGACCCUGGGGGGAGGGGUCUGGGUGUUCUUUCUUUACUUCCUUCAUCUUUUUCUUUUUUUCUCUCUGUCUGAUAAUACUUUCUUUUUAAAACAGAUAAAUUGUAUAUAACUCCCUUCAGUUCUGGUCAGUGCUGCCGGGCCCCUGCUGGGAGCACCUACUUGUAUGUGGGAAGAGUGGCGUGUCCCCAGCCGGCACUCUGGCCCGAUUUUUCAGGGACUCCUUGAAAACUGGGGUUCCAGCGGGUUUUCUGGGCACAGCUUGGCCCCUCUGCCUCUGCCCCACCCCCCACCCCCCGGGAUAAAGGGAACACAGCAGGUGCUGAGUAGGCCCCAAGCACUGCCCAUCCGAGUUGCAGGACCCGCUGUGGGGGUGGGUGGGAGGUGAAAAAAUGUCCAAGGGAAGGACAGCCCUGGGGCCGUGCUGGGGUUGCCAGAAGCGAGCCCUUCGCUGCUGCCAUCUCACGUGGAUUCGCACACGGUCCUUGAGCUGCCUUCCGUCCAGAGUCCGCCGUUGACCCUGACCCUGCGCCCAGGCCCUGGACAGAAGACUCCAGGAUAAGAGGUGGGCCUGGAGGCGGCAGGGUGGGUGGGGGCAGCCCCUGAGCUGCACCCCAGGGGCAUUCUCAGCAGCUCGCCUGUUUUCCGUCAGUAUUAGCUCCUGUCCUGUCCUGUUCUGUCGCAGCCGCAUCCACCUCCCCUCGGGCCAGGGGCUGUCCCAGUCCUCAGAAGCUAGAGCGCCCAUUGUGCUGUUCCUGGUGCCUCUGGGGACCAUUCAAGGAUCCGUGGCACGGCUGCCCCCCAGGCCCCCACAGGAGCCGUAGCUGGUUCUUGGCAAAGUGUUCCUACCCCCACUGUCUCCACCCCGCCAGGCACCGUGUCUUCGGGGCCCUUGGGCUCCAUGUGUUUGGCUUUUAAGCAACAGGCUCACGGGGUCCAGAGAUGCCUCAGGUUGCUGGAUGUGUGGGCACUUCCAUGAAAAGGGCUGAGGGAAAGGCUGGAGAGUGUCCCUAGCAGGGUUGGACUGCUGGGUCCUCUUCAGGAGGGGCCAGGACCCCCUGCAGGUGGGGGUGAGGCUGGAAGCCCGCGUCCUGCUCCCCUCACCCACUUCCCCAGGGCCCCAGCUAAGGCCCAGCCCUGUCCACUGAGCUCUAGAGGAGGCCUGCCCUCUGGACGUGGCCUGGGGGGACUGGGCAAGGCCUGUGUUGCUGGGGGUCCCUCCCACCUACGUGUCAGUCCUCGCCAGCCUCUUCUGCUGGUCGCCUUGUCUGCUAGUCACCUCAUCUGGCCACCUCAACCACCUUGCUUAAGGCCCCUGUCUCUUCUUUGCUGGCAGUGAGGGGGAGCCUGGUGACCCAGCCAAAGGGUUCUGUCCCUCAGCACCUUGGGGUGGGGGGUGAACGAGGCUGCUGUACCAAACCCCCCUCUCCGGAGACCAAUGGUUGAGCCCGGGGCCAGAGGCAAGGGCGGGAGAGGCAGGCCCACGGGGUCAGUGCAUGAGGGUUGGAUUGGUGUGGUUUGUCUCUGUGUCUUUUCUGUCUCGUUUUUUUUAAACGUGAGAUUUUUCUUCGGCCACCAGCGUUGGCCUCGAGCAGGGGCUGCAGCGCUCGGCGCCUGGACGAUGGGUGGGAACAUGCAGUGUGGCGGCGGUGGUUUUGUUCUCCGGAGAAAUUUCUUUUGUAAAAGCAAAUUAAAUACUCUUUUUAAACGGAAACUUGUGGAUGAAAUAGAAGCUGGGGCCUCGUUUGAUGUUCAGCCUAAGAACCUCACAGGACUAUGAAUUCACCCCAGGUCUUCAUUUGCCAUCAGGCCGAGCUUUUAAAGAAAAAUUGUGAUCUAACCAGGAUUGUAACAAAAAUGUAAAUACUAUUUCAGAGUUGAAAGUCGAUGGUGCAAAUAUGUAUAUAACGUACUGUAUUUUUACAAUGACGUCGCAUGCCUCCACUCCACCCUUUCGUACUCCGUCUCCGUCUUCCAGAAGCGCCGCCCGCCCUGUCUCCUGUGCUCUCUUAACCCAAUAAUUGUAUUACUGCCAUUAAAGGGUGCAGUUAUUUUAAA